UUUUAUUUGGCUUCCAUGGUCACCCUCAGCGCUGCAGCUCUCCUUGCCCAUGCAGCCCUCGUUUUCGCAGCUCGACUGGAGCAGGGAGUUCUCUCUGUUCGGGAACGUAACGACGGGAUACAUCUGGCUGUUGGACCGUCUUGCGGGUCGCUAACUGGCACGGUCUCCGAUGUCAACGCCGGCAUCGAUACCAGCAAGAUCAAGACCAUUGUGGCCUUCGGGGAUUCGUACACCGAUGGUGGCAAGGACGACGGUUCCCCUCUCGACCCGCCUGUUCUUGUGCCACCAAAUACGGAAGCCGGAGGUCGGUCGACGGACGGCCCUACCUGGGUAGAGUACGUCGCGCAAGACCUGGGGGGUGCGACGUUGAAGGACUACGCCCAAUGGGGCGCCUGCAUAGACCUAAGUAUAUGGCCCAGCAAUCCCCGCAAGGUUGACUUUCUGGGGCAAAUGGACACAUUCCUUGGUCAAUCGAACAUGUUAGAUUCAGAUUCAACGCUCUACGUUGUCUUCUUCGGAAUUAAUGACUACGAAGCGUCAAAGAUCGACGGUGACCAUAUGCAAGAAGCCGCAAACGUGCUACUGGACCAGCUACACAUUCUGGCCUCGGCGCCAACUUCUGCUCGCAAUUUCCUAGUUGCUGAUGUCUAUGGACGUGGGGUGCAUACAUCGUCGGGUGAGGCUUUUAAGCAGACCAUAUACGACGGACUGGCGGCCAUGCAUGGCGAGGAGGGCACGUCGGUGGCUUAUGUCGAUUUUUCUGCUAUAUGGGACGGCGUCCUCGGCAGCGACCCUGGCUACGCCGCCUUCGGCUACACUAGCACAGACGCGUGCACGGAAUGCACGACCGAUUGUGACCAGUAUGGCUGGUGUAAAGAUUGGGCGCAUUGGUUCUACUGGAUCGGAGGCCAUCCGUCAACUCAAACGAUGAGGAUCAUGGCCGACUUGGUUUCCGAAGUCCUGAAGUCUUGCGUCAUGGGAUGAAGGAGGCAGAGGGUACUUAAACUGGGCUAGAAUUACUUGAGGCCACGAGACGUAAAGACGAAAUGACAAUGCGGAAAUGAACAUCAGGCACGACCGCGAACAAAGCAAAUUUGCAGGAGGAACGGAACAUGGAUUAUCAUCUUGAU